AGCAGCUGGACACAGAGCUGCACUUCUCGGAACUGCUGCUGGGACUCCUGAAACCUAAUCAUCCAACCAGACAGGAGGAGCCUCCAAGUGGCUGCCCCAGAGCGCUGCCCUCCCAGUGGAGGGCACUUGGGGAAUGCAGCCGCUCCCGCCGCCUGUGCCAGGCCCUCUGGCUCUGCUGGACACCACAGAGGGCUUCGCAAGGAGAAAGAAGAUCUCUCUCUGGUUUGUGGGUUCUCUGCUGCUGGUGUCCACCCUCAUCCUGACCAUCGGCCUUGCUGCCACCACCAGGACAGAGAAUGUAACUGUGGGCGGCUACUACCCAGGGAUCAUUCUGGGCUUUGGGUCCUUCUUGGCAAUCGUUGGCAUUCACCUGGUGGAGAACAGAAGACAAAUGUUGGUGGCGGCCAUUGUGUUCAUCAGCUUUGGUGUGGUGGCGGCAUUCUGCUGUGCCAUAGUCGAUGGUGUGUUUGCAGCACGGCACAUUGAACCAAGGCCUCUCAGCGCAGGAAGGUGCCAGUUCUACUCCAGCGGGGCUGGGUAUUUGUACGACGUCUAUCAGACAGAGGUCACCUGCUACUCUUUGAGCGGAAGGUGCCAGCUGAAGGUGAGAAGCAACACAUGCUAUUGCUGCGACCUCUAUGCCUGUGGGAGCACAGAGUCCUCACCUGCCUACUAUGAGUUUGUGGGGGUGCGUAGCUGCCAGGAUGUGAUCCACCUGUACCGGCUGCUCUGGGUGUCCACGGUGCUGAAUGUACUGGGCCUCUGCCUUGGCAUUGUCACAGCCGCAGUCUUAGGGGCCUUCAAGGACAUGGUCCCUCUGUCUCAGCUGGCCUAUGGCCCAUCUCCACCACCUCAGAUCCUCUACAACCCUGCUCAGCAGAUCCUGGCUUACACCGGCUUGUGCCCUCCAUCUAUGACUGUGCCAACCUGUUCCUCCUACCCUCUGCCACUUCAGCCCUCCAGUGCCCUGCCGGCCUCGUCCUCUGCUGACCUCUCUCUGCCUGAGGACACAGAGCAUCCCUCCCAGUGCAGCUCGAGCCACAGGCAGUCUCCUAAUGCUCCUCCACUCUGCACACCAGCCCACUUCCUCCCAGGGGAGAAGCCUCCCCCCUACGCACCCUGACAAGGAGUAGGUAGCAGGUUAAAAAGUAACUUGACUUGGGGGUCUACAGAAACACAACAAAACCAAUAAGGCCAUGUACAGAAAAGCCCACUUCUGCAGCCAGCCUUAUAGAGAACUCGGGAGGCAUCGCAAAGCUGUGCACUUCUCUUGGGCAUGCCCUCUGCCACCACGGGCCAGGACCCGAGGCAGAAGCAGAGCCAGCUGACUGGCCCCCAUAGCACCUCCGUCCACC